AUGCUCACGUCAAGUAAUCAGUAUUUGCGGCCGGAUUACCUGUCACCGCUUCCGACAACGCUCGACGCGAAAAAGAGCCCGCUGGCGCUACUGGCGCAGACAUGCAGUGCUAUCGGUGCGGAUACACCCAACCCUAAACUGAUUUCUGCUGCCGAGAAAGCCAGCAAAAAGUACGACGAAAAGUCGCACAUACCAGACAACAAACCUAGCUUCAAGCCUUAUGAAUCGUGCCUCACAGCGAGAGAAAAGACUAGAACACCAGACGACCGAGGGUCUGUCAAUGCCUCUUCAAAGACACCGCUUUCGUCAAAGGGCAGUGCGUCGACAACUCCGGUGCAGGCGCGUUGCGCUAGUAAUCAAAGUUCUUCAUCACAGAGGACGCCUCCGCCCGCUCACCGUAAGACACCGUCAGAAAAAUCUGAUGAGAGGUCUAGCCCUCUCCAUUCACCUGUCCCCGUGAAGACAUCCGAAUCAAAUAGCAGCUCAUCUAAGUUACCGUACACACCCACCUCUCUCACAUCAAAUGCAGACACCAAAGAACAUUCAAGCUUCAAACCCAGCAUACCUGUUAGCUCUUCUGCCUUUUUUGGGGGAUUACCUCAAACUGGAUUUCCACUGCAGAUGGAUCUAAUGACGAGUAGUUUGAUGGCGGCACAACAUCACGCUUUAAAGAAUGGGCUAAACCCGUAUCUCGCUUAUGCGAGAAUGAAAGCGUCCGGCAGUGAUAUCGGAAUUUGCAGGGAUCCUUACUGCACAGGUUGUUCGUUAAGCUCACAUUUGCUCAAAUCUGCUGUAUGCCCAGCGGGAUGUGCUCAAUGCGAUCAUGCUAAAACUCCAUUCUCUCUACCGACAAGUCACCCUGCAGCAGCAGCGUAUGCCCACGCGCAACUGGCAGCCUUAGCAGCUGCAUCGCAACUUCCGUACGUUUGCAGUUGGAUGGCAGGCGACUCUGCGUAUUGCGGCAAGCGAUUCGCAACGUCAGAGGAAUUGUUGCAACACUUAAGAUCACACACGGCGAGUGGAGAAUCAAGCCCGAGCCUGUCAAUGCUCAGCGCAACACACCCAUUGCUGCAGCGUACAUACCCGACGCCACCACUAUCACCGCUGACACCGCGGUUCCACCCUUACAGUAAGCCACCCCACAUGGUGUCAUCACCACCGCUGCCCUUCCCAAUGCCGCCACAUCCCUCUUUGGCAGCGUACUUCCCGCCAUACCCGCUCUUCGGACCACGUCCUCUGCACCCUUGA